AGACGGACUGGGCGAGAAUGGCUGCCGGUGGAGACGUUGGAAAGCUGUUACAAGUUCAAAAUGGGACUCCUGCAAGCACAAGCUAUAACGGGGUAGACGCCCUGCACGCCUGCACCAUUCUCCAGCAGCUUAAAGCCCUGUACGACGAAGCGCAGCUGACCGACAUCGUCGUGGAGGUGGACAACGGCGAGACCUUCGCCUGUCACAGAAAUGUGCUCGCUGCCAUCAGUCCUUACUUCAGAUCAAUGUUCACCAGCGGCCUUACGGAGAGCAGCCAGCGCGAGGUGCGCAUCGUGGGCGUGGAGUCGGAGUCCAUGAGCCUGGUGCUGGACUACGCCUACACGUCGCGCGUCGCCCUGUCCGAGCACAACGUGCAGGCUCUGUUUACAGCAGCGAGUCUCUUCCAGAUCCCGGCGCUGCAAGACCAGUGCGCUCACUUCAUGAUCAGCCGGUUGGAGCCACAGAACUGCAUCGGCGUGUUCAUGUUCGCCGACACGUACGGACACCGGGAGCUACGUGAACGAGCCCAGGACUACGUUCGCCGGAAGUUUCUGUGCGCCGUGGACGAACCCGAGUUCCUGCAGCUGACCAAGGAGCAGCUGGUGGGAGUUCUGGACAGUGACGACCUCAACGUGGAAAAGGAGGAGCAUGUGUACGAGGGCAUCGUGCGCUGGCUGGAGCACGACCCCGUGCGUCGGCAACCCUUCCUCGCCGACGUCUUCGCCAAGUGUAUCCGGCUGCCGUUGUUAGACGAGGCCUUCGUGAGCCGCAUCCCGGCCCCCUUUUCCCUGGCGCUGCCAACAGAGCCUACGGAAAAGAGCCGAGCUAACGGUGCCAACGGCUGCCCGCAACGUCUAGGCAUGACGGCGUCCGAGAUGGUGAUCUGUUUCGACGCGGCGCACAAGCACUCGGCCAAAAAGCAGACGGUACCGUGUCUGGACACGGCCACGGGCAAGGUCUACAAGCUGUGCAAACCGCCCAACGACCUUCGUGAGGUCGGCAUCCUCGUCACGCCCGAGAACGACAUCUUCAUCGCCGGAGGCUAUCGGCCCGGAAGCAGCGAGACGUGCAUCGAUCACCGCGCGGAAAGUGACGUCUGGCAAUACGAGCAUGCCGGCAACCGGUGGCUAGCACGUGCGCCCAUGCUGAGAGCGAGGAUCGGAUGCCGUCUGGUACACUGCUGCGGGAAGUUGUACGCCCUCGGAGGGCGCGUGUACGAGGGCGACGGACGCAAUGCUCUUAAAUCGGUGGAAUGCUACGAUGCCAGGGACGAUCGCUGGAUUGCCGUUAGUCCGAUGCCUGUUGCCAUGGAGUUCCACAGUGCUGUGGAGUAUAAGGAUCGCAUCUACGUACUCCAAGGCGAAUACUUCUUCUGCUUUGACCCCCGUAAGGAUUACUGGAGCCACCUAGCACCCAUGAGCAUCCCCCGCAGUCAGGGACUGGCGGCGCUGCACGAGAACCGCAUCUACUACAUCGGCGGCGUGUGCCGCAACCACCAGCGCACCUUCACCGUGGAGGUGUUUGACCUUGAGCAGAACAGCUGGAGCCAGCGACAGGACUUGCCCUUCGAGCAGGCUGCCAGCCCCUACAUCAAAGCGAUGAUGUUAGGAGGACAUCUGCACCUGUUCGUGCGUGCCACCCAGGUCACGGUGGAGGAGCACGUGUUCCGCACUAGCCGCAAGAACUCUCUGUACCAGUACGACGAAGAGGACGACAGCUGGAGCAAAGUCUACGAGACACCAGAGCGCCUCUGGGAUCUCGGCCGCCAUUUUGAGUGCGUCGUAGCCAAGCUGUACCCUCAGUGUCUCCAGAAAGUGCUUUGAUUGCCGGAGAAAAUGGGAAGCAGGGAUAUUUUGUUAUCGUUUUUUGUUUGUGUUUGUUCGUUCGUUCGUUUCAGGAGAAAGGGGAGUCAGUAGUUCUGUUCCCCGCCUAUGGUGCUGUUCGAGUCCCCAGACACAGGAGGAGGAGGAGGAAAGUCUUAAAGUCGAGCGAUAUUCGAUGACCUCAGAGGAGUGCUUAUUAUCAAGACGGCAGUAUUUUUUAAUCUGUAAGAGACGAGAACAAAGUGUCCUCACUGUUGCUUGUUUUACAGUUAAAACAAACAAAUUCAAAGUGCAAUUAUCACAUUGUUUGUGUCUUGAGCCAUUUUUCUUUUCUCUCUCUAAGGCUUAGGUUAGGGUUUGUUUGUUGGUUUGUUUGUUGGUUUGUUUGUUGGUGUGCAGUGGAACACCGUAAUAGAUGUCCUUUUUGGAAAGGACAAGCAGCGUGCGUGUGUGUCAAAAAUGACAGUAAAGUAAUAAAAAUAUAUAAAUAGCUAUAUAUAUAUAUAUAUUCAUACGGGUCUGGUGGGAUGAGAGGUGCCCAUCAUUAGGUAGCUAGAAUACUGAAUAAUGACUUUUUUUUUUUUUUUUUUUUUUUUUUUUUAAAAAGAUCCUUUAAACCAAUUAUGGAGAAAUUCUCUCUUGGUUUUAUCUCUUUGAUUAUUUAGUCAUUUUAUAAUCAUUAAUAUAGAUUAGUCUAAUUUUGAGUGGCUGACUUUUUUAUUUUAUUUUGUCGUGUUAAAUAUCUUUUUUUUUGUUGUUGUUGUUUGUAGUUUGCCUUUUACCGUCAACCCAAAUGCUUAUUGAUCUUUUUUGCGUUUCAAUUUGGGUUCCAAAGUUUUUUUUUUUUGUUUGUUUGUUUGUUUCUUGUUGUUCUUCCAUGUCAGCUGCGCCCCAUGAAUCUUUUUCAGCGUCGACUCUAUUUCGGCGUUUCUCAGGGCCUCCACCUCUGGAGAGCCACAGUUCUGUCCAGUUUUCCAGUUUGGUGCUUUCUAUGCUCCAACGCAACUCAUCAGCUGACUCUCAAGCCUGUUUGAGAACAGGGCGGGGAAAUAAACACUGAAUCUGUGAGCUGAAGAACGAUUACACACCGACACGGGGUUGGGGAAAUCCCAGAGAUAAACGGAGCAUAGUGUGUUGUGUUUUUUUUUUUAUUUUUUUUAUUUAUUUUUUUUUAAAUCAGAACCUGUGGUUGAACACGAAGGCCCAUCGUUAAGCUCUGAACCCGGUUUUGUCGAAUACCAUGUUUGGCCGCACGUGUAAUGAAAACCAGGAAACAGGUUUGAUGAUGUCAUGCCAGAUCUGCGGAGUGCCACUAGCAGGGUGGGAGAUUUUUUCGAGGGCGACGCCAGCACGAUUCCAUUUCACAUGCAUUAAUCCUUUUGUUUGGGGGGCGGGGGAAAUCAAAGGAACGACUCUCCUUUCAAAAGGAGGUAUGCAUUAAAGAUUUAAUGUCUUCUAAAAAAAAAAAUAUAUAUAUAUAUAUAUAUAUAUAAAAAUGCAUCACGCAUUCACGCGCCGUUGUUUUACCCUUCGUGUUGUUUGAUUAUCAUUAUCGCCCACUCCAGCAAGAGGUGCCAUCUAAUCCUGGAUGUUUCCUCGUUUGGGAAGAACAUCAGUCUCUGAGCCAUGCUGCUUUUUCGUUGACAAUCCUGUAGAGAAAUACACUUUUUUUGUUUUGUGUUUUCUUUUUACAGCCACUGGGUUAAAGUCCUGUUGUAGCUCAAUGUGUUUGAGCAUUAUUGCUUGUUUGGUUUUGUUGAUUGUGUGGCAUGCUGAUCUUGCACUACAUUCGCUCUCGGUCUCAAUCGCAAGCCCUAUUUCUACAUCUCUCUCACUCUCUCUCUCUCGCACUAUCUCACACACACACGUGCGCCAAAGCCAUUUCAGAGCACCGACCUCUCAUUUUGAAAACAAGUGAGUGCUCCACUCCAGGCUGUAUCCUGCGAGGAUAUGAUGACGUGGCCGAAUCAGUGGCAUAAGCACACGUGCCGUAUUCUCUGGAGUUUUCUCGUCUGGAGUCCUCGGACUUCUGACGGAGGGAUGGAAGCUGAACGAACUUAGCUGUGACUCCGGUGCAAUAAGUUGCCUUCGUCAAGACUUCUAAACAAAGCUCAGUAGCAUGAGAACCAGAACCGGACCAUUCUCAGGAUUAAUUACUGAUUAUACCCAGUACUGUAUUGACUAUGGUUUGAUAUUCAUGUAAAAUACUGUAACAUAAGUUGCUGUACUUGCACAGUUGUUGUUGUUGUUGUUGUUGUUUUUGUUU